AUGUCCAGACGCAAGGCAGACGUCGGACGGCCACGGACGCCACCAUCGCACCGGCUGGAGCCCGCGCGCUCCCCCCUACCUGCCAAUCGAUAUCAGGCGCUUGCCGCGCUGGGAACUCUUACACUCCCCAUGGUCGACCAGAUUGGCCAGUUCGAACAGCAAUGGGUGCUGCCCAGUCCACCGUUGACGCAAAAUCCACUGCUACUUCAUCUCCGUCUCCUCAAACUACACAAUCUACUACGGCAUACGAUCCUCAUCGGCCUCCUGAGCGAAGUUCCCACGUUUGACAGUGCUACAGGCCUGCAAGGUUCCACAAAGCCCCUCAUUGCAGCUACACUCAGCACAGGAGCAUCUAUGGCUACAUCCUUGACACUCGUCCUCCAUAAAGAGCUCUCACAGGAAGUGGGCACCGACACAGGCCGUGCAGACGACGUGGGAGAUGCAAGCAACAUGCUGAUGUGGAGGCGAGACGGGCAAGACAGAUGGUGCAGACACGACACGAGAGUGAAGCGGGCAAUGCAGGGGAGGGCGGGGUGGACGAUACGGACGUUGACGCAGGGGAUAUGCAGUGGCAAUGUGGGCGACGCGGACGUUGACGUCGCACCUGCCUCGCCCUCGCCCACCUUGCCCGCGCCCGCAUCACCUGGAUAUGGGCGUGGGCGAUGCAGGCAAGACGACGUGGGUGAGGACGACGUGGGUGCGGACGACGUGGACGGACGACGUGGACACCGGCAGGCGAAGUGGGCAACAUGGAUGGGUGAUACGGGCGACGUGGAUGUGGAUGAGGCCGGCGACGCGGUGACAUGGGCGAGGCUGGUGACACGGUGA